CAUCUACACCAUCCGUUUCUCUCUCUCUCUCUCUCUCAUCAUCAACUACUCCCCACACCCAAAGAGAAGAAGAAGUUCUUCUGUCUUUCAAAUUUGUUGUUUUUUUCUCAUGGGGAACGCAGCAGCUUCUUGUGCUCCUUCAUUGGUCAUCUCAAGCAGUCGAGUUGUAAAGGUUUUGUUUUUGGAUGGAAGAUUGGAAGUGUACACAAGGGCAAUGAAAGCAGCAGAGCUGAUGUUAGAGAAUCCAGGGCAGUUUGUGUGUGAAUCUAGCAGCCUCAAAGUGGGCAACAGGGUUCAUGGCCUUACAGCUGAUGAAGAGCUCGAAAGGCGCCAAUUCUAUUUUCUUCUUCCCAUGGACCUGCUUUACUCUGUGCUCACACAUGAAGAGCUCAGCUCUCUGACUUACAAGGCUUCAAAGGCACUCAAGCACAGAAGUUUCAACAGUUUCAGUAAGAUUUUUCCGGUCCUCGGAGAGUUUUGCAUGUUUCCUUCAGAAGCCAAGAGAUCGGAUAAAAAUAUUGGUGAUGUUAUUAGUCCUUCAAGCCAUUCAGAGCCAAUGCUAGUAUUAGUGGAGAGGUACUCAAAGCAAAGAUCAUGGAAGCCUGCAUUGGAGACCAUUGCUGAAACUCCAUCUACACAUUAA